GAGCCGGCGCCGGGGCGGCGGCCAUGCACCGGGCGGGCGGGGGGCUCCGCGCCGAGCCGCCGCCCCGCUGCCCUCGCAGCCGGCCCGUAGCGACCGGGCUGGGCAGGGCUGGACGAGCCCGGGCCGGGAGCCCGAUGGGCCGGGGCUAGGCCGGUACCGGCGGCGGGGGCGAUGCGGGCGGCAGGAUGCCGCGGCUCCCGGUGAAGAAGCUCCGGAAGCAGCUGAAGCUGCUGCUGCUGCUGGUGCUGCUCACCUUCGCCGUCUGGUUCACCUACCUCCACAUCAGCCUGGUGCGCCAGGGCCGCGCCCUGCGCCUCCCUUUCGCCUACGGCAGAGAUGGUGAGAGGCUGGGGGAGGGGACAGACCCCGGCCGGCGGCUGGGGGCCGCCCAGACCUCGGCGCAGCAGAGGAAGGCUGAGGACUCCAGCGAGAGCCACGAGGAGGAGCUGAUGAGCGAUGGGCAGGACCUGGGCAGCUGGGUGCCCGGAGGCCAGCGGUGGCACCGAGCCCCCCCGCGCCCCAAGCUCAACCUGACCAAGCAGGCUCUGCCCUGGCACGAGCAGUACAAAGGGAAAGCGAACCUGCAUGUCUUUGAAGACUGGUGUGGAGGGGCUGUGAGGCACCUGAGGAAGAACCUCCACUUCCCACUCUAUCCCCACAGCCGCACCACGGUGAGGAAGCUGGCCGUGUCACCCAAGUGGAAGAACUACGGGCUGAGGGUUUUUGGCUACAUCCACCCCUUCAAGGACGGGGACUUCCAGUUCUCUGUGGCGUCUGAUGACAACUCCGAGUUCUGGCUCAGCUCUGAUGAGAGUCCCUCCAACUGCAGGCUGGCUGCCUUCGUGGGCAAGCUGGGCACCGAGUGGACAGCACCAGGGGAGUUCACCAAGUUCAGCUCUCAGGUCUCCAAACCUCUGCGCCUCCUGUCCUCCCGGCGCUACUACUUCGAGCUGCUGCACAAACAAGAUGACCGAGGCUCCGACCACGUGGAAGUUGGAUGGAGAGUUUUCCUGCCCAGCCUGAAGUUUGAAGUGAUUGACUCCUCCUACAUCUCCCUCUACACCGAUGAGUCCUCCCUGAAGAUGAACCACGUGGAGCACAUCCCACAGACCCUGGCCAGCCACAGUGGCAGCUACCUCUGGGAGGCUCAGCAAGAUGAGCAUGGGGCUGACAUGCUGAAGGCUGACCCCAGGGACACCUUCUUCCUCACCCCUGCCAUCGAGGCCUCCCGCCUGGAGGACGUGCUGGUGCCCUGUGCCUACAGCCCGACCUACGUGGUCAAGGACUUCCCCAUCGCCCGCUACCAGGGCCUGCAGUUUGUCUACCUCUCGUUCGUGUACCCCAAUGACUUCACUCGCCUCACCCACAUGGAGAUGGAGAACAAAUGCUUCUACAGGGAGUCCCCUCUCUACCUGGAGAAGUUUGGCUUUUACAAGUACAUGAAGAUGGAUGAGGAGGAGGAGGACCCUCGCCAGCGAGCGUUCCUCUUCCUCAACGCAGACAAUUUCCUGGAGGAUGAUGAGGAGGAAGAAGGAGUGGACAGCCCUGAGCCCACAGCCCCACCUCCUGAAGCCAAGGAGAAGAGCCUGGGGCCAGUCCCUGGAGGGAAGGGGCAAGAGGCAGCUCUGCUGCCCGGGGACUACGGGGACGACCUGGACUAUUACAGCUUCCGCCGAAAGCAGGGCCAGGCCCAGGGGAAGGGGGGCACAGCUGGGCAGCUGGGCAGCUGGGGCACACCCCACCAGGCCAGUACCAGCCCAGCAGCCACCCCUGGUGGUGAGGAGGACGCUGGCCCUGCAGGGAAGGCGGUCCCUGGGCGGAGGCUCAGGUGGGUACCGCAGGAUCCCAGCGAGGGUGAGGAGGAUGAGUUGGGGCUUCUGGUGACCUCGAAGCAGGCAGAGACCCUGAGCCUCCAGCCCCAGCUCUCUGUUCCCAUCUUUGGGGGCAAAGCCAAGACGCUGCCUCCCAGCAAGGCUGCAGCAGCCAGGGAGGACAGAAAGGCCCAGGAGAAGGUCUACGUCACCAGGCUGCAGCCGGGGAAGCGCAAAGCCCCGGGCCGGGAGCCAGCGUUCCCUGGCAUCUUCCUUUACCCAAAGCCUCUGAAGAAAGUCCACCUGCGCUCCAGGAGCCCCCAGAAGCAUCCCAUCACCUCCAGCAAGCUCCAUGCCGUCCCUGGCCGCCGCUCCCCCUGGCUCUUGAGCGACGUCUCCAAGGAGAGGGACGCUGCCGGGCGGAGGGAUGCCCGCGCGGGCGGCAGGAAGUGGGAUCGGCUGUCCAAGCUGGGGACCAAGCAGCGGGCGCUGCCCAACCUCCUGGCCCUCGGCACCGAAGGGCUCUUCAGCAGGGAGGCCCAGGAGGACACAACCCCUGCCCCAGGCAGGACAGCAGCCACCACCGACUACAACUCCUCUGAGGCCUCCCGCUCGGAGGGGACGCAGGUGACCUCCUUCCUGAAGAUGUCAGAAACGACGACGUCCCAGCAGGAGGAGGGAAAGGGCCAGGAGGAAGAGGAGGAGGAGGAGGAGGAAGAGGUGUCAGACUACAGCUACGAGGCUGGGGAGCUGCAGCAGAGCUGGCUGGAGGACUCCAUCAACUGGCAGAGGACGUUCAGCGUCAGCUCGGUGGACUUCGAGCUGCUGCGCUCGGACUGGAACGAUCUGCGCUGCAACGUCUCCGGCAACCUGCAGCUGGGCGAGGGCGAGGUGGUGGAGGUGGUGGCACAGUACAUGGAGAAGCUCAACGAGAAGAACGGAGGCAUCUACACCCUGCUGAGGAUCAUCAACGUGGAGAAGCGCCGGGACACGGCGCGGGGGAACCGCUACCUGCUGGAGCUGGAGCUGUCGGAGCGCGGGCAGCGCACGCUGCGCCUCUCCGAGUACGUCUACGUGCUGCUGCGCCAGCCCCGGCAGGACCACAGCGCCCAGCCCAACCCCGAGGGCCUGGCCGCGGGCCCCACCGAGCCCCAGCCCAGCCCCUGGAGCCUCCUCUACGGAAAGCCCAUCCUGUGCCGGCCCCUGCGGCUCAGCUGGCGGCAGGACGUCAUGGUGCACUUCGUGGUGCCCGUGAAGAACCAGGCCCGCUGGGUCCAGCAGUUCAUCUCGGACAUGGCUCACCUGUAUGAGGCUACCAAGGAUGCCAACUUCAAUGUCAUCCUGGUGGACUUCGACAGCGAGGACAUGGACGUGGAGAAGGCCCUGCAGGAUGCCCACCUGCCUCGCUACCAGUACCUGCGGCGCACAGGGAACUUCGAGCGCUCCGCCGGGCUGCAGGCCGGCGUGGACACGGUGGAGGACGGGCACAGCAUCGUCUUCCUCUGUGACCUGCACAUCCACUUCCCCCCCAACAUGCUGGACAGCAUCCGGAAGCACUGCGUGGAGGGCAAGCUGGCGUUCGCCCCCAUCGUCAUGCGGCUGGGCUGCGGCAGCUCCCCCCGAGAGCCCAACGGCUACUGGGAGGUGAACGGCUUCGGUCUCUUCGGCAUCUACAAGUCAGACUUCGACCGCGUGGGAGGGAUGAACACGGAGGAGUUCAGAGACCGCUGGGGCGGGGAGGACUGGGAGCUGCUGGACAGGGUGCUGCAGAGCGGGCUGGAGGUGGAGCGGCUGCGCCUCAGGAACUUUUACCACUACUACCACUCCAAGCGGGGCAUGUGGAACGCCCGCAGCAAGAAGCCCCCCCGGGAGUAGUGCCCCAGCCCGGCACGGAGCCGCCAGCCCCCGGUGCCCGCCGCGGACAGGUCACCGCC